AUGGUGGAUGCAGCCCUUGUCUCAGGCUGGGAGUGGAUCCGGCAAGUUUUGAGGCCGGGCUGGUCUGAAACACGACGGGUGGUAACCUACAGCGGAGCGGAAGCAAAUCAGAAGCCGAUCUGCAUGGGUUCACGCGAUGAUGAUAAUGACGACGAUGAUGAUAAUGAUGCCGAUGACAAUAAUGACGAUGAUUGGGGAGGGCGUGACGCCGAAUGGACGACGGAGCCGAAGCCAGAAAAGUCUGGAGCAGGUGGGCGAGAGCUUGGCGCUAACAAAGGAGAACCGCUCCAAACAAAGAACACGCCGGACGGGGGGCACAAGCGAGUUGGGCACGGCAGCGGACGAGAAACUCCCACUCCUGGAGCGGAGGGACGACGAGAACACAACGGCGGGGCAUGA